CAAGCGAGUGAGCUAUGUCCGUGGAGUGUCUCUGGUUCCUGUGAAGUGGAAACGGGCUCUGUGGACAGACAAACGGGAGGCCACGAACCCCGUCCCCGAGUCCGUUCGGACCUCCGCGUGUUUUUAAACCACCUUCACGCUCUGGACUGUUUUGUGUUGCAGCUUGGUGGGCAGCAGCCCGGCUGCCCCUUCGCCUCCAGAUGAAUGAAGAGCCCUUCAGGACACAGAGACGCUGCUGAUGCAGGACAUGCAGGUGUUUCUGCAAAUAUGAUGAAGAAAAAGAAUCCGCACAAAAGACAUAAGAGCAGUCUGGGUCCCACCACCAAGGUCCUGUCCCCGCCGAGACGCAACAUCGUGGGCUGCCGGAUCCAACACAUCUGGAAGGAGGGAGGGGGACACGUGGUCUGGAAAGGGACUGUUCUGGACCAGGUUCCCGUGAACCCGUCGCUCUACCUGAUAAAGUACGAUGGAUUCGACUGCGUUUAUGGUCUGGAGCUCCAUAAAGACGAGCGGGUCCAGGGACUGGAGGUCCUGCCCGACAGACUCACUAAAUCCCGUCUGACGGACGUCGGCCUUGCCGACACCAUGAUCGGUAAGGCGGUGGAGCACAUGUUYGAGACGGAGGAGGGGCCGAAGGAGGAGUGGAGGGGCAUGGUCCUGGCCCGGGCCCCCAUCAUGACCACCUGGUUCUWCAUCACCUACGAGAAGGACCCGGUCCUGUACAUGUACCAGCUGCUGGACGACUACAAGGAGGGAGACCUGCGCAUCAUGCCCGACUCCAAUGACAGCGUCCCGGCGGAGCGGGAGCCCGGCGAGGUGGUGGACAGCCUGGUGGGCAAACAGGUGGAGUACGCCAAAGAGGACGGAGGCAAACGAACAGGCAUGGUCAUCCACCAGGUGGAGGCCAAACCGUCCGUCUACUUCAUCAAGUUCGACGACGACUUCCUCAUCUACGUGUACGACCUGGUGAAGACCUCGUAAAGACUCUGCGGACGUUCCCGUGUCACGCCAUCCACGCGCCGGAAACRAGAAAAAGAAAUGCAGCUCAUGUCGACGCACCUGAAGCAUUUAACCCGGCGGUUCCUCACUCCAUCAGUUUUCAGACAGAAACAGGUUCAGAUCUUCUUCAAACACUCAGACACAAAUCAAGUCUUUUUGCUUUUCACCUGAAAGUUCAGUUUUUCUACAUAAAUAGGAUCAAACAGAUUAUUAAGUUUAUUUACCAGAGAAAUAAAACCCAGUGAAGACAUGUAGCCUGGAGCUGGGUUUAAAAACCCGUCCCUUAAAGAGSAAAAUAAAUAAAUMAAAACAGAAGGAGGACUCCUGGACCGAAACUCGUACAAUCAUGGAGCUGUUUUUAUUAGACUCUUUAAGACGACGCUAAUCAGGACUUUUUAACCUGACCCGUCAAAAUAAAAGACCUAAUGUAUGAAAGCCCAUUUCUGCCAACAAGAAAAUACUUAAAAAUGAACAAAUUAUAUAUAAAUGCUUCAGUUAAUCAGUAUUAUACAAAUUCAUGCUUCGAUAUAAAAUUUUAGCUUUUAUUCGGCAAGUUUUUUAUUUUCUAAUUUAAAUAAUUAUAAUGGCACCUAAAUGUUUUACUUCUAAGUUAAAACCAGGCCUUCGUGUGUCRAAUAAUAAAGUUUAAUCAUCGAAACGUUAAAGGAUGUAAUUUUAAUAACAUAUCUGAACAUAAAACUGAAGGAAGUCUUAAAAAACACCUAAAUUAUCAGCUUUUAUUUCACCUUUCAAAAUAAGAGAACAUUUUUUAUCACAUCAUGUGCUUUUUAAACCGACUCAAUGUAAGUUUGAGCAGUUUCACAAAAAUCGGCAAAUUCUCGUCCGUGAGUAAAAAUCUGUGAAUAAAACCGUAGCUUUUAUUUUGUUGGUUUUAUGUUUUGCUUUUUGUCGUUGCCAAACGGAUCUCUUCCUGUUGUGAUGAUCGAAGAGCUUUUUUCACGUAAUUUCACUAAAGCCUUUAAAGUUUAUCAUCUCGUCCUUUUUUUUUUUAAGUCAAAGGAGUGGAGCUGAAGGAACUCGUGGAGAAACGGACUGAGGAUUCACGAGAAACUAAAACUCCUUAAAAACUGGUUCUGGAGCUCGUUGGACUUCUGAAGUUAACGGGAAAGAUGUUACAGUUUUUGUUCUCUAACUUGCGCAGCAAUCACCGUUUGGUUCACUUUCAUGUUGUGUAGAUAAAAUCAUGGCUGAAACAAACGUAUCGAGAGGUUGAAUUUUCUCCAGAGAAAAUAAAACCCUCCUGAGGCUGACGGACGGUGGGCCGUUCUGUACGACUAAAAGAGAUUAAAAAAACAGCCAGCAAAGGUUUAAAUGUCUUUGUUCAACAAAUGUAAUUUGAUUUUAUUUGGAUUUAUUCCAGACUGAAGGUUUUUCCAUCACCUCCUGUUUUUUUACUUAAAUGAAGUUUGUCGUUAAAAAGUUAAAAAGUUUCUUCUCUUUGCUACAAUCCGACUAUUUUCACACUUUUAAUAAAAUAUCRGGAUGUCCCAAACCAGAGUUUAAAUCAUGAAGGUGAAGCGUUUGCUCAUACUGUUUCUCAGAUAUAAACGUGCAUUUUAUUUUGAAAGGCAAACUAUAAAUACAUUUAACGUAUUGUAAUAACUUGUGUACUGUAAUAGGGAAACGUUUUUUUAUGAAACUGUUUAAGUUGUGUUUUAUAUUAAAUGUUUUUUUUACUUUA